CCGCUCGGCACCGUUCGCCGGUAAACAGGAAGCGACAAAGAGCGCUGCUGUCUGAAAGGGUUCAACUGGUUUGGGUUAACACUUUGCUGUCAGUAGUGAGACGAUGUCGGGGCCGGUGUGAAGCAGGAUCCAAAGGCAGGACGAUGGCGGACGAGGCUCCUUUCCAGCUCUUACACUACGAACUGCUGCAGUACAUUUACAAGGCAGCGGACGGCGGAGACGCGGAACAAGGAAGGAAUGUCACCAAGCUGGAGAGCAUGGGCUUCCGAGUGGGCCAAGGGCUGUUGGAGAGACUAACAAAGGACACAGCUCGGUUUAAAGACGAACUGGACGUCAUGAAGUUUAUCUGUAAAGACUUUUGGACCUGCGUGUUCAAGAAGCAAAUUGACAACCUGCGGACCAAUCACCAGGGCAUAUACGUUCUCCAGGACAACGCCUUCCGGUUACUGGCCCAGCUGUCAGCAGGGAAGCAGUACCUGGAACUCUCCCCAAAGUACCUGGCUUUCACCUGUGGCCUGGUGAGAGGAGCGCUGUGCGGCCUGGGAGUGAAGAGCAUCGUGACUGCAGAGGUGUCCGUCAUGCCUGCGUGUAAAUUCCAGGUCAUGAUCCAGAAAAUGUAGAGCGUUGCAGAGACCCCGGUCACGCCUGCCUUCAGUAACAUCAUUAUGUUUGUGAGAAUUGAUAGUUAAUUGCCAUUGUCACGACGUACUGAUGUCACAGAAACGCUUUCCUCCCCCCUGGUGGAACCAAAGUAAACUACAAUGUUUGAGACUCUA